AUGACUGGUCACAAACCAGCUGGGAUGUCAAAACUCCCACAAGUGUUAAAGCCUCCUCUCCCUCUGUCCCUGCCUGUUCACAUGUCAGUUGUCCCUCCUCCCUGGCAAUUCCUCCCUCUGUCACAGGCAGAGCUUGGCCAUCUCUUCUCCAACUCCAGCCCCUUCUCCUUCUCUCAGAGCCUCUUCAUGGUGCCCCCACCCGGCUGGGGCCCCAGACCGGGCCUCCAGGCUUCGUUUGGCCCUUACUCAGUUACACAGCUCGUAUCAGAGACUGUGCUCCCUCUCUCGCCCCUUCUGUCUGCCUCCCUCCUCUCAGAGCAUGUGGAAAGAGAGAGGGAUGAGGGAGGGCGGGAGAGGUUCAGGGUGAGGACACUGUUCCACAAGCAGGGCGACACCAGCACAUGGAGCACCUGCGUCACCCUGCAUGCCUUUAAGGAGACAGAGGAGCACAAAGCCUCCUGUAUGACCCAGCCUCCUCUGGGGCUGUGUGUAGUAACUCUGACGCUGCCCAGCUACUGGUUCAAGGAUCAACACGCCAACCAAUCACAUCAGGAUUUGGAAAAGUGGCUAAAUAACGCCCACCCUCAAAACCGCAUCAAGAAGCGAGAACGGCAGCGUGGUGGACAUCACCAUGGCAACUUUGUCACCCAUCAGCAUGUGACUCCUCCUUCACUGAGAUUCCAUCCAACUGUUGAUGGGGACGUUCCUCUGGUCCCCAGAUUUCCACGGGGCCGCAUGAGGAACCAGAUACAGCUGUACUACUCCUCCUCUGACACAGCAGCAGGAUGUGUGGAGGACCGAGCGGCUCAGUCCCAGAGGCAGCUCUUCCACAUCAAAGCAGUGACGCUGAGAGAGGAGGAGGAGAGGGACGGAGGCAGGACCAAAGAAGAAGACUCUUGCUUGAAUGGACAGGAGGGGGAGGAGCUUGGCUUGGACUCCCAUGUUGUGAUUCGCUACCACCGGGGCCCAGUUCUAAUCGGACAGCCAAUCAGGGUGUCUGUGAGUCUGAGAGCCAACUUCAGUGCUGAGUUUGUUGUGAUCAGGCUGAAGGUGAAGAAGGGCUUGGUGGCGAUGGUGGCACAGAGAAUGCUGACCUCUGACCUGUGGGCAGUGACCCUGGAGAGAAGCCAAGGCUCCAAACAUGACGUGGUGUCCAUCCUCUGCCACAAACACAACACACAUGCACACACACACAGUCCCACUCUCCUCCAGCAACUGGUGUGUCUGUCUGUUGAUGGCCUGAGGCGAAGCUUCGGCGUGGCCAUGACGGUGUCAGCUAACUGGUGGGUGGAGUACUCUGGGCGGAGCAAUCCCCCACCGCCACGAGGGGCAGCAGUGAGCAUCUUCUCGUUCGCUGAUCGACACAUCUUUGGCAUUGCUCCCAUCACAGAGAGCAACACAAUCAUCAACACAGCCAUACUGACCAACCAGCCGCUGUCACUUCCUGUCAUUGUGCUGGCCAUAAGCCGUAAUGGGAAGGUGUCAGAUGUCACCUCUGCAGUCACGUGUCACUCAACCAACGAGAAUACUAUCAAGGUGUCCAGUGAUUGCUCCACCAUUUUCGUGGACGGCAGUGAAUCAGGGUUGGGCAACACCUGUGCGAUGGUGGAGUUUCACCUGGGCGUGCUCAGUGGCUCUGUGUGUCUGGAGGUCUGGGCUCCAUCAGUGCCCCUGCAAGUGUCCUUGGCAGACCCCAUUCUUAAUGCCAUCAGCGGCUGGAACCACUUCACAGAGAAUGGGUGUGUGCCAGUGUAUCAGCGCUCCUCAGUCCAGGUCCUGACUCAGUUCACAGCUCAGGACUCCCACAGAAGAACCAUACAUCUCUUGGGUUCGUCUGAUUGGUUUGUGGAUGUGACAGAGCUGGUCCAUGACUGGUUGAGAGUGGAGGACCCACAAGUGGCGUCCCUUGGCACCCAGAAGAACCUGAUUGGUUUACGGCCAGGAAAGACAUCACUAUAUGUUGUCUCUGAGCAGUGGGACGGUGUGCUGGGCAGGUGUGACAUCACUGUGACCUCCGACCCCGUCACCCCCGCAGACCUGUCUGUACAGGUGGUCAGCAGCCUUGGCAUGUCAGUCUCUGGCAGCUCUGCCCACCCCUCUAUCGUCACCACAACAGUGACAGCCUAUAACAUCCUGUACAACCACCACCAGGAGGCGUCCAUCAGCAUCUGGCUUCAGUUUAGUGACGACACCGCCUCCCUCCUCUCCUCCUUCAGCGACCUUCCCUUUUUCCUGCGUCUCUCUUCAUUGGCUGAAACUGUUGUUGUGGUGACACCCAGCCCCAGCCAGCGCAUCCUUGCCCAGGGUGACGGAGGUGGACCUUUACUGCAGGCAGAACUUUUGGUUUCAACCUGCACUGACCAGCCAGUCACCUCCAACUUUAUCAGUGAAGGCAACUGGGAUUGGGCGGACACUAGAGGAGGAGGAGGAGGAGGAGGAGGCGGGACCAGGAGGCUGGCACGGGGAUCUGGUUGGAUAAGAGUGAACCUAGACCUGGGCUUCCUGCAGCCAGUCGAAAACAAAGGUGAUGAAGGCGAAGAGUUUGAGUUUGAAAUCUCAGACACGCUGGUCGAGUCAGACAGUGACGUUUAUACGUCGGACUUUGACAAGGACAACAGCAGGAAUAUGAGCAGGGACUACUAUGACAAAAAUAAUCUGGAAAGAGCUGUGCUGAUGCCAAGCCAGGAGGAGGGCUCUGUCUACUUCUCCCCAAGCCAGGAAAAAGAAGAAGAGAGGGAGGAGGAGGAGGAGGAAGAGCAGGGAGCUGGAGAGCUGGAGGUUGGUGUGUGUGCUGUCCUCUCUCUGCUCUGUCUCUCUGCUGUCCUCUUCUUGGCAAACUGUCUGCCCUGUGUGCUACGAGACAGGAGGAGCGGCAAAGGACAGAGGAGGGGGGAUGGAAGAGAACCAGAAGGAGGCACAACGGAAGUAGAGGAAGAAGAGAGGAAGAAGACAGAAGGUGAUGAUGAGAUACAGCAGCAGGAGAACAAAGAGGAAGUUGAGAUCAUUUGCUGAUGUGUUCACAAGUCUCAUUCUGACACAACAGAAGGAGCAUGAAGCUUUAAAGGUCAAACUGAAGCUGCUGUAAAGGGUGAAGAGAGUCAAAAAUUAAGUGACAGAGCAACAGCACUGUGUUAACUGCUGCUUCUGACAUGAGGUCAGGACGUACUGACUGAAACUGUGGGAGCUACAGAGUUUUCAAAGCGGUUUCCAAAGUGUGAGGCACAGCUCCCUGGGGGGGCGCCAGAGAAACUAAUAACUGUAAAUAUCUGGUUAGCUUAACUCAGCUAUAAAUGGAUAGAUUUUUAAUAUCUACAGUGAGAGAGCACAGUGAGUGUGGGGCGAGCAGAAAACGUAGGAAGUAUGAUCUAAGUGUCUUUGCUAGUUUCAGACCAUCUCAGUUUCCUUUUCCUAUCCAGCAUCCCUGUUGUUUAAACGGCAAAUACACUUGGUCUGUGGUCUGAAGUCAGUGUCACAGUAUUUACUGUUAUUUUAAGGAUCAUUUUCAAGAGAGUAAUAUGCGCCAACAUAGGCGGGGACACAACAUGCAUACACUCUGUCUGUUAUGCAUAAACAGAGUGAGCUUCAGAUGUUUGGAUCAGUCAGGUGAACGUCAGAACACAGCCUCAGAAGGUUGGAUCUUCUUUGUGGCGUACUGUGUGUUGCACGUUAAGAGACUCCAUGGCGCCGGAGGCUCUGCAGAGAAGUGUUCUUUCCUUCUACCUGCAUGUGUCCGCAGCUCUAUCACUAUUACUUCUUUGUAGAGCUUUGCGCAGCACACUGAUUCACUCAGCCCUCCCUUCCUCUCAGCCACAGAAUGAGGAGGUAGAAGUUUUCUUCACAGAGUAUAUAUGGAACGAUCCUGUCUGUCUCCCCUUCACCUAAUGUGUCGUGCCUCUCAGGAUGAUAGAGAGAAGUUUGGAGCUGUGACAUCACUGUUUAUCGCAUCACUUUGUCCUGCUGCACUUUAAUCUGUAAAACUUUCACAUCGGCGGAGUUGAGGUCAGAAGAUCACACACACCUGUGGCCCAUUCUGCACCUCAAUUACACUUUCACAAAUAUCGUAUUUUUCUUUUGUCAUUGGUUUAUAUUACUGUGUUUGGUUGUGGACACCGGGUGUCUGUUUCCAUGACAACAUCCUUUAUUUUUUCUGUGUUUCCUGAGUAUGCAUAUGAGCAACUAAUUCACCUUUUACACCUUUGUCAUGCAGACCACUCAAAUGACAGCAUCACCACACCUGGCUCUUAACUUAAAAUAUCAGAUUUCCAGUCCUGACUCUCAAACCUUUAACUUUAAACAGUGCUUCAGCUGAAACUAAACCUUCAUUCAGUCCACCAGGUCUUUAUUCAGUCCACCAUGUCUUUAUUCAGUCCACCAGGUUUUUAUCAGUCCAUCAGGUCUUUAUCAGUCCGCCAGGUCUUUAUCAGUCCACCAGGUUUUUAUCAGUCCAUCAGGUCUUUAUCAGUCCGCCAGGUCUUUAUCAGUCCACCAGGUCUUUAUCAGUCCACCAGGUCUUUAUCAGUCCACCAGGUCUUUAUCAGUCCACCACGCAGUGUAAAUGUGCUGAAUACUGACUUUGUAUUUAGAUACGACAUGUUUAACAUUUUCUCUGUCCUUUCAUUUGAUCAGUGUG